AUGGCGGAUUCUGUUGAAGAUGAUGUUGAUUACGAGAGUGAUCCUGAAGAGGCGAAGAGAUCGCUUCUUACAAUGCGGAGGCGUGAGGCGAGUGAUGAUGAUGAAGAGGAAGAUGUAGAAGGGGAAGGGGAAAGAGAGGAUUCAGUUAAGAGUGAGGAUCUUCGCGGUAGGGUUCGUUCGGAUGAUUCGGAUGGGGAGGGUGGUGUGGCUGAUUAUGAUGACGAGGAAGGCGAAGAUGAGGAGGAAGAGUAUGAUGAGGUUGAAGAAGAAGAGUAUGGUGAAGUUGAGGAAGUUUAUGAGGAGAAGGGUGAGAGUAGGGUUGGGGGUUCUGUGAUUGGGGUUACGGAAUCUGAUGGGGAGGUUGUACCUUCUUUGGAAGAGGAUUCUGCUGAGGCUAAUUUGGAGAAAAAGGAGAAUGAACCAUUUGCUGUGCCUACAGCUGGUGCUUUUUACAUGCAUGAUGACCGUUUCAGGGACAAUUCUGGAGCUCGCCCAAGGCGGAUGCGUGGUGGAAGGAGAUUGUGGGAGUCCAAAGAUGACAAGAAAUGGGGGCAUGAUAAAUUUGAGGAAAUUUCAGUGCAGGAUAGGGGCUUCAACGAGAGGAGGAGACCUUCUAGGGGUAAUUAUCGAGGGCGUGGUAGAAUUCGCGGCACUGAUCGCGGAGGACAUGGUCGUGGAAACAGGAGAGAAUUUAAUGACAGAAAUGACAGAGAAUAUAAUGACAGAGAAUAUAAUGACAGAGAAUAUAACGGCCGCAGUCAAAGUCAGGCGCCUAAAGUUGUUGUGAAAGGGAGAGGGCCAAGAAGGUAUGAACCGACUAACAGAAGGAAUGGUCCAGCUCCCCAGGUUCAUAAUAAACAAUCUGGGAAAUCUCAGGAGAAAACUUCACUUGUUAGUUCAGAGAGAUUUUCUGUACCAGCAUCCAAUGCAGAAUCUGACCCCAUGCCCACUAAGAAAAUUUCACAUGUUUCUUCAAAUUUGAACUAUGCAUCCCCACCAUUUUAUCCGUCUGGCUCUUCCAACAAAGAAGUUAAUCUGGCACCAAAACGGGAUGUACAAGUUGGCAACACCAGCAGGAACAUUCACCCUGUUAUGGAUGGGGGUUUUCAAGUUCAACAAAACAGUGUAGGUCAUCGGGGAAAGAAUGUUGCUGAUUCCAUCAGCAUGGACAAGCUAUAUAUUGACCAAUCCGUCGGCCCAUCUGUUGGAAAGCCUUUGAACAAUGUUCAUUUGGCACCACCUGGAUCUUCUGGUGUCCAUGCUUCUCAAUCUCAUUUUCCCAGGCCUGCUGGUCCUGUAAGAGGUGCACCAAUCCCAUUACAGAUGAAUUACCCACCUGCUCUGUCACAUACUCAAGCAAAUAAAGUUUCUCAAACUCAACUGCACGACAUUCAGAGAAGUUCUGCAUCAGGGAGGACUUCAACGUCUAUGCAAGCUACUGCUACACAGACUAGCAAUCGACCUGGCAGUGGAUCUCAGUCUUCAUCUCCUCCAAAAAGAGCUGCAUCAAUUAAUUCACUUGAUUCUGGGGAAACAGAUGUGGCCUCAGAAUCAGGUAAUGCCAAAGGAGCAUUGGUUGGGAAGGGAAGGGGAGCUUCCCAAGGUGCUGGAAGGGGACCUUUUGUUUAUGGCGGGGCACAGGUAAUGGGGGCUGCUGGAAAUUUGGGCAUCAGUCAAGGAGAUCCGAACUUCCCCACUUUCUUGCCAGUAAUGCAAUUUGGAGGGCAGCAUCCUGGUGGUAUGGGAGUUCCCGCUGUUGGCAUGGCAUUCCCUGGAUAUGUUGCUAAUCCUCAACUUGGUUUAGGAAAAUCAGAAAUGACAUGGCUACCAGUCUUGGCUGGUGCUGCAGGAGCUUUAGGGGCUCAAUACUGUUCACCAUACCUUGCUGUUGACGGUGCUUACGGUCGACAACCAGGACAAACCUCUGCAAUGGAUACUUCAAGCAAGGAAAAUGUGAAUAAAGCUAAUAAUGAAUUGAAGCCACCACAAAAAUCUGAUCUGGUAAAUGAUGAGUAUGGACAACGACAGAAUAAACCUCGCAGAUAUUCAGAGAUGAAUUUUGGUCAGUGA